UCCCUCUCCUCGUGUUGCCCUGGCAACAGUCCGGUGGGGGGCAAGGGGUGGGGAGGACAUUGUCGGCUCGCGGGAAGGAAAGAAACAUUACCGUUAGCCGUCACAUGACCGUGCCUCCUCCCGUUAUCCGUUUGCUUUGGGCCCGUUAGCGAGUCACCGGAGCACCAGCAGCGCCGAGAGGAGCCCGACGGCCGCGGGGAGAGGACUCACGGAGCGACAUGUCAGACAUAGUUCCCCCAGAAGUUAGACCCAAACCAGCUGUUCCAGCCAAACCCCCCAAUGUGGGCAUUCCAUCUCCAUCCAGCCCCUUCCCGCCUCAAGCUCCAGGUUUCGGGGGCGGCGGCACCUCCGCUCCCCCUCCAAGUGCCAUUCCGGUUCCCAUCGGAAGCCACGGCCCGAGUCACGGCGGCAGUCAUGUUUUAGGUCACCCCGCUCCCCACGGUGGAGGUCACCCCGCCCCCCACACCGGAGGUCAUGGCCACGGAGGCUCCCAGAGCUCAGGGGGAGGGUCCACCCUGCUGGGAUACAUUGGCAUCGACACCAUCAUCGAGCAGAUGAGGAAGAAAACCAUGAAGACAGGCUUUGACUUCAACAUCAUGGUUGUUGGCCACAGCGGCCUCGGGAAGUCCACUCUGGUGAACACCUUAUUCAAAUCCCAGGUUAGCAGGAAGAGUGCAGGAUGGGCUCGGGACGAGAAGAUCCCCAAAACUGUGGACAUCAAGUCCGUCUCUCAUGUGAUCGAGGAGGGUGGUGUGAAGAUGAAGCUGACCAUCGUGGACACUCCAGGCUUUGGAGAUCAGAUCAAUAAUGACAACUGCUGGGAGCCCAUCUCUAAGUACAUCAACGAGCAGUACGAGAAGUUCCUGAAAGAGGAGGUCAACAUCACCCGAAAGAAGCGCAUCCCCGACACCAGAGUGCACUGCUGCCUCUACUUCAUUUCCCCCACUGGACACACGCUCCGGCAGCUGGACUUGGAGUUCAUGAAACGGCUGAGUCACUCCGUCAACAUCAUUCCUGUUAUCGCCAAGUCGGACACGAUGACUGUGGAGGAGAAGCAGGAGUUCAAACAGCGAGUCAGGAAGGAGCUGGAGACGAACGGCAUCGAGUUUUACCCGCAGAAAGAGUUUGAUGACGAUAUGGAGGACAAGAGCGACAACGACAAGAUCAGAGAGGCCAUGCCCUUCGCCGUGGUGGGGAGCGACAAAGAAUAUCAAGUGAAUGGAAAACGAGUUCUGGGGAGGAAGACGGCCUGGGGAAUCGUAGAAGUUGAAAAUCCAAACCACUGUGAGUUUGCUCAACUGAGAGACUUCCUGAUCAGGUCUCACCUCCAGGAUCUGAAGGAAGUCACCCAUAACAUUCACUACGAAACGUACCGUGCCAAGAGACUGAACGAGAACGGAGGCCUGCACCCCAUCUGUGACACCCAAGAGAGCAACCUGUAGUGAAGCGAGCAGCUCAGCCGUCGAUGGAGCUCACUGAAGCAUAAACGUCACCUCAGCGUCGCUGCAUGUGUGGAGCAACCUUAACCUAUGACGUCAUUUAGUGUCCCGCCCUUCACAUUCCCCAUCGUGUGACCUUCAUCUCACAUAUCAGAUCUUUUUAGUUUUCUGCUAGUGCCAUCACAAAACGAGCAUUUGAUCCACUGCCAGCACCUUAUCCUUUCCUAUUGAGGAGGUUAAAGCAAGCUUAGAGCCUAAAACAAUGGUUGGAUUCAUCUGAAAUUUUGUCUGGUAAUAAAUAUGAAGCAGUUCUGCUUUAAAUUCUGGUUUUUAACAGCCACCUAUAAAAAAAUGUGCAUUUAAAGAAAAUGACAGUUAACAAUUUCGAAAAUUGUUUUGUGGAUUUAGAAUUAUAAAUCACAAAGCAAAAUUAGAGAUCAUCCAUGAAUAGAUUAAUCACAUUUUGUGUCUUUAUCUUGAUUUUAAAAAGUUUUCAUUUAAAAGUUAGGGAGUGAAGAGACAGAAAACACACCUAAAGUCUUUAGAUUUUUAAAGGAGUCGACUAAACCUGCAGAUUGUUUUAGAGUGUAAUCCCCCAUGUCGCCACUUGGGGGCGGCAUUCCCCAGUGUUGAGGAGUGUCAGUCUCCUCUUCUCACAUCCACAUUAGCUUGCAUCAGUGGCGGCUAACAUAUCCUUCUGCGUUUAGCCGCAGAGUUACGCACUUAUAAACAUGUUUACCAGGUUUUCUUCAGGAAUUGAUUCCAGUUGAGGAGGAAUACACCAAAAGUACAGAGUAAUCUUAAGUUUUUGGAAGGUAAUCAAUCAUCUUUGGGACGAGUGGCUCGUGUUGUUUGGUGUUCUGAUGUGCCUGUGUUGUUCUCAUGCAGGCUGAGAUGUGAGGAGAGCGUGCCGACGCCUCGUCUCGUUGUCGUGUUUGUGCGUGCAUGCUCGUGUCUGUGCAGCCUGUUUGCGUACAGCGCCUGUGCGUCGGCCUAACUUCAGGUAGCCGAUGUGCCAGAAGGUAACGCGGUAGCCACCGCACAUCGCUCAGCCCUGCAUCUAAGCCCCGCCUCCUGAGGAUGUUUAUUUCAUGACAACUCUUUGCAAAGUUGCUGUGAUCGAUCUAAAGAAUUUCCAGUAUUACACUGAGUUUAUUUGUACAUUGGUGUCUUAUCAUUGUAAUUUAUUCUUUGUUCAAUUAAAACAGUUGUCCAUGUUUUUAGAA